UCGUUUGCGAGCGAAUCUGUGCCGGUGGCGGCGGGGAAGCUGCCCAAAAUGGCUGCUAGUCACUAUUACGGGUUCCCUCACGGCGCUGCCGGCCCUCAAUACAGCACCCAGCCACCUCCCACGUACUCCCAUCAAACCACUGCCAGUUACAGUGUCCAGCCUGCCCCUGGAGCGGCCCAUGCGGUCACAGCGUCGUAUGCUCCUGCCACCGUGCAACCCACCCGGCCGGUGGCAUCUGCAGCCUACCAAACCUACCAGGCCCACACAGGUCAGGAUUACGGUUACCGUCAACAGGAAACGGCCCCUCAGCCAACCACCACGCCUCAGAGCUACCAGGUUUUCACAGAAGCGGAGAACUACAACUACGGACGGCCAGUGUCAGCCACUGCUGGUUAUGAGAAUAAACAGUACUAUCAGGCGAGCAUCGCACCUGCUGAACGCACCCCGACUGAAUCCUACUUUCAGCAAGGUCUAAAAAGUGGUUAUAGACCUGCAACCGCUGCAUACAGCCAGCCUGCUCCUCAAAGACAGGUCACAUCUCUUAAACCGCUCCCUCCUGUCAGCUCUGUGUCCACCAGCUACAACAUCUACUCAGCCACAACCAGUGUACAGCAGCAGCCAACCCCCAUAUCCACUUACACCCCCAGCUCCUCCUCCUACAACUCCACAGCUGCCACUUCUUACUCUGGUCUCAACUACUCCACUUACGAAUCUAGCGGCUACACUUCCACCUCAUCAUACUAUCAACCCUCCCAACAGCUGGGACCCCAACAGACCCCCACCCAGGCCCCUUCCCAUCAGCCUCAACCUCCACAGCAGCAGACUCAGCCACCUGCUAAGCAGCUCACCAGCGCCUCUUGGAGCAACACAGGGAACAGCAUGGUCACUAGUUCAGCUAUCAAUACAUACAAGAAGCCCAUGUUCCAUCAGAAUAAGGUCCAAAAGCCAAAAGGCCCUCCCAAGCAGCCUCAGCUGCACUACUGCGACAUCUGCAAGAUAAGCUGUGCUGGGCCACAGACCUACAGGGAGCACCUGGAAGGUCAGAAGCACAAAAAGAAGGAGGCGUCUCAGAAAUCUGGCAGCCAGGCCAGUAAUGGACCGCGUGGUGUGCAGACGCAGCUGCGCUGUGAGCUCUGUGACGUCUCCUGCACCGGUGCAGAUGCCUAUGCAGCACACAUACGGGGGGCCAAGCACCAGAAGGUGGUGAAGCUGCACACAAAACUUGGCAAACCCAUUCCCUCGACAGAGCCAGUUUUAGUGAACUCAGCUCCUGUUCCUGUAACUACAACCUCUGGAAAACCUGCGGCUCCUGCUGUAGCUCCUGCUUCACCCACAGUGCCACAGCAACCCACCGCUCCGAACCCUCCCAAGGGUCAGCCGCCAGCGAAGAAACCUGCUUUGACCAAAGCCACUGUCAUUGCCAACAAAGCUGCUGCUCCAGAGCCGGUGAAGGUGGAGGAGGUGAAGCCGGCGGUGCUGCUGUCAGACCCUCAGAGUGACGAUGAAGGCGAUGGGGGUGGCGCUCAGGGAGACAUCCAGCCAGUGGGCCAUGACUAUGUGGAGGAGGUUCGUAACGAUGACGGUAAGGUCAUCCGUUUCCACUGUAAGCUGUGCGAGUGCAGCUUCAACGAUCCAAACGCUAAAGACAUGCACCUGAAGGGGCGCAGACACCGGCUUCAGUACAAGAAAAAAGUUAACCCAGACCUGCUGGUGGAAAUCAAACCAAGUAACCGUGCACGGAAGCUUCUGGAAGGCAAGCUGAGGAAGCAGAAGCAGAAAGCUGUGCUAAAGAGACAGCAGGAGGACGAGCAUCGCUGGCACAUGGAGAUGAGGAGAUAUGAGGAGGACAUGUACUGGAGGAAGGCAGAGGAGGAGCAUUUGUACUGGGGAGAUCAAAGGCGCAGAAUGGCGCCUCCACCCCUCAUGAGUCGGCCCGGAAUGCCUGUGCCCCCUCUACUGCCUGUUCGACGGCCUGAUUCCCCUGAUGACCGCCACAUCAUGGCCAAACAUGCCACUAUUUACCCGGUGGAGGAUGAGCUGCAGGCUGUGCAGCGGAUCGUCUCACACUCGGAGAGAGCCCUCAAGCUGGUCUCUGACUCGCUGCUGGAGCAAGAGGCCACCACACAAGGCAAAGACACAGUGGACAAGCAGUUGGACCCUCAGGGCCGUGUGCUGAAGGGAGUGAUGCGAGUGGGGAUACUGGCCAAAGGCCUGCUGCUGCACGGAGACAGGAAUGUUGAGCUCAUCCUGCUAGCUGCCAAAAAACCCACCGUUUCCCUGCUGAACAGCAUCGCCGAGCAGCUUCCCAAACAACUGACAACCUUUUCUGAAGAUCAGUAUGUGGUGCAGGCUCACCCUGAAGAAGCCAACAUCGUCAUUAUUUCCAGCAAGGAACCAAAAAUGCAGGUCACCAUCUCUCUCACUUCGCCAGUGAUGCGGGAAGACCCUGCCCCGAGCCCGGAGGAGCAGGCAGGCCACAAGCUGCCUGAGAAAGUGCCUGAAAAGGAGCCUCCAGAUGUUCUAAACAAGACAAAGUGCCUCGAGUAUUUGGCUGCCCUUCGUCAUGCCAAAUGGUUUCAGGCUCGUGCCAAUGGUCUCCAGUCCUGUGUGAUCAUCAUCCGCGUGCUCCGAGACCUCUGUCAGCGUGUGCCCACCUGGGGGAAGAUGCCAGCCUGGGCCACAGAGCUGCUGGUGGAGAAAGCCAUCAGCAGUGCGUCUGGUCCUCUGAGUCCAGGAGAGGCCAUGCGGAGAGUUCUGGAGUGCAUAGCUAGUGGAAUCCUCCUGCAAGAUGGUCCAGGGCUGUUUGACCCCUGUGAAAAAGUCCAGACGGAUGCGUUGGGGAGCAUGACUAAGCAAGCCAGAGAAGAUGUAACUGCGAGCGCUCAGCACGCCCUGCGCCUGUUAGCUUUCCGUCAGAUCCACAAAGUUCUGGGGAUGGACUCGCUGCCGGCGUCCAAGGCCAGCGCUCGCAGCCGCAAAAGACGAAGAGACGGCACCGACGUCGGCGAGGGGGAAGGCGAAGGAAAGAAAGACAAGAAAGAAGAUUCCCAAGAUGUUUAAGAAACAGCUAGGAAUCGCUGGCAUCUUGAUUAUACAUCAUAAUUUCUGUCUUCUUUUUAAAAAAAAGAGUAAAAUGUCUCACUAAAAGGACAGAAGUCCUGACAUUUCUGCGAUUUUACGUCAAAGAGGAAGAAAUUGAGAAAUUAUUUUCUCCUUUUCCUCUUUUUAUUACCGCUGUACUAAAAAUAGAUUUAGAAAAAUCACUGACCUUUAAGAGAGACGACUGCAUUCCAUUACAAAGCGUCUGGAUACUGAAAGCAUCUGAAUACUGCUACUGUAAAGUCACUGACCAGUGUCUGAACUGAACACUGUUACUAACCUGGUGUUUUUACUCAAAUGUAGGCACAUUUAUUCAAUAAUAGCACUUAA